GAGGGGAGGAGAGUAGAGUGUGAACACAUCUUUAAGAGAAGAGAGAAGUUCCUGGUAUCACAGUGAAGAAGGACGUAGAGACGAAGUCAUCAGAGCCUCAAUAUGAAAGUCUGUCUGAUCUGCUUCAUCUUCCUCACUCUGCAGGAUGGAAACACUGGUCUUGUUAAUGGAAGAAUCCAUACAGGAAAAGAAGGAGGAAACAUCACAGUUGGAUGUUCAUUUACAUUAUCUGGAAGCAGGAGGUUGUUCUGUAGGAAUAAAUGUGAAGAAGGAAACAUUCUCAUUGACACAACUGAGGUCAAAGCUCAGAGAGACAGAUACAGCAUUGAAUAUAUAAGCAGAGAUGCCCUAUCAGCUGACACUCUGUAUGUGAGCAUCACACAGCUGAAGAAGUCUGACUCAGGAUGGUACAGGUGUUCUUUGGACAGAACUUUGUUUGAUUCAUCUGAGGAUUUUGAGAUCACUGUCACAGAAGCUUCAACUGCUCCACAACCAACAUCGACUUUAGGACAUUUUUUAACAACAACGUAUCUCUCAUCAUCCCUCACUACAACAACAACACAGACUUUAAUGUCCACACUUUCAUCCUCCUCCUCUGCAGCCACCAAGCUUCAGGAAACAUCACCUGCAGGUUUCCUCUUGGUUGUGGUUGUAUGUGUACCUGUGGUGGUGAUAGUUUUACUGCUACCUGUUGUUCUGCUGCUCAUCUACAGAAAGAAGAGAGAGGACUGUGUCUGUUGGAAGAGGAGAAGAAACUCAGACCACAACAGGACUGAGGUUGCUGUCUAUGAGAACUGUUCUCCUGUCUCUACAUGUGAGGACUCCACCUACCAGAGCCUGAAUCCAGCCAGCAGGGACCAGGACCAAACCUACGUCUACAUUUAGAGCUGGAUUUCAUA